AAUCAAUACACUUUUUCAUUUUCCUAAAGUAUUAAAAUUGAGUCUAUAUAACCCACCACUUCAUAAGCCUCAACAAUCCCUUUCAUGAUUUUGUUUUCAUAGUGUUAUUAAUGUCAUCAUCAUUAACAUUUUCUUAUUUUGUGCCUAAGGUGUUUGAUGAAAGUUCCCAGUGAAAAUCAUUAUCAUUACUUAAAAAACUUCUCUACAAAAUUGAUUAUUCCAAAGCACUCUUCAAUUGGAUAAGCUUGUGAUAUUAGAAGUUUCAAUCUUCUUGUUAUUGCAGCUUUUUUUUGUAACCACCUUUUACUAAGUUCUUUUAACCAAAACCAAAACCAAAUCUUUCCCUCUUUGUUGUCUCAAAAAAAUGGCCCCUUCUGGAAGAACAACAACAACAACAAACAAAACAUCAAGGACCACAAAAACUACAACAGGAAGAAGAACAAGAACAAGACAACCUAGAAGAACAUGCUCCAAGAGGAACAAAAAACAAGAGGUGAUUAACAAGGUUUUGCCUUCUAGCUGUGUGAGAAAAAGCUCUGAAGAAUCUUCAAAGGAAGAAAGGGAAGAGAACAACGAAGUUUCUGAGGUAAUUGAUGUUUCUGUUAGUAACAGUGCAUGUUCAACACCAAAAGGUCAGAAAUUUAGGAUACCAGAGGUUUCAACAUGUCCUCCAGCACCAAAGAAGCAAAGGGUAGUUUCAAAUUGUUCUUUGAGAAGGUCACCACUUUCAUUCUUUGUACCUCCUGAUUUGGAUAACUUUUUCUUGGUGACACUUCCUGAUGUUUCUGUUUGAUUAUUGUUGUGUGUAUGUUAAUAGCAAGAUACAUAUAAAAUAAUCACACUUUUGAAGAUGGACUUUUGAAGUGGUUUUCAUAGGAAAUCAGAGGCAUAAAUGCUUUAGGAAGUUCUUUUUAUUUUAGAUUUUGGUGUGUUGAGGUUAGGAAACACUUAGUGUGAGUAUGUUCGGACGAGCAGCGAGUUUGAUAAAAUCGCAGUGACUCGCUGCGAUUCUACGAUUCCCGCUGCGAAUUCAAACAUACAAUUAGCUUGCUCUUUUGUUUAGUUUAUGCUAAUUUUAGCUUUUGUAACAACUUGUAGUUGUAGGGUUUGUUAGUUGCUGAAUUUAGAUGGAAUGGUUCUCCAACUAAAUUUAUAUUUGUAAGCUUACUUUGUUUUUUCUUUUACUUCUCAUAGAAGAUAUGUACUGACUUUUAUACUAAGUGUGAUGAGUGCAAAUGUAAUGGUUUGGUUUUGAGAAUUUGUGAGUGUUUCAAUUCAAACUUUGAAACUCUACAAAAAGCUUAACUCAGUUGAUAUCUCUUAUACUUAUGAUUA